AUAUUGUUGUUAUGUUACGGAAAUUUUUGUGUCGGAAGUGCCUAUUCAUUGUUAGCACCGUUUUUCCCAAUUGAGGCUAAACUAAAGGAUGCAAAUGAGACAUGGAUUGGCAUAAUAAUAGCCGAGUAUCAAAUUGCCUUAUUUUUUGGUGCAGCAAUUUUUGGCAAAUUUAUACCACCGAUAACACCAAAGUUUAUGAUAACUACCGGCCUAUUGGUGGCCGGUAUUUGUAGCGCUAUAUUUGGUGUACUUCAAUGGAUACCAUCGGGAACACCAUUCAUAGCCAUAGCAAUGGCCAGUCGUACUAUUGAAGGGUUAGGUGCGGCCGCUUUUUUUGUCAGCUGUUGGACAACUAUUUGUAUGAAAUUUCCUAAACAUAUAUCAAAAUUAUUUGCCACAACAGAGAUGUGUUACGGUGUGGGUAUGAUAUUUGGUCCGGCAAUCGGUGGUCUACUUAAUCAAUUGGGUGCAGACAGUGGUAUAGCUUUUUGUUUGCCAUUUUUCGUUAUGGGAUCACUUAUACUAAUGGGUGCACUAUUGAUGAUAAUAUUUUUUCCAAACACAACUGAUGAAAAUGUAUCGCUAGAGAGGACCAGUGUUUUCAGUGUUUUAAGCAAUUUUAAUAUAACACUAAAUGUCUUAAUAAGUGUCAACUGUUUUCUAUUGAUUGGUUUCAAUGAGGCAACACUUGAACUACAUUUAGAAACGAUACAGGAGCUAUCAUCGGUAACUACUGGCGGCAUAUUUGUCAUAUCGGGUGCAUUGUAUGCACUGUUCAAUCAAGUUUGGGCUUAUUUUGCCGAAAAAAUGCCAAACUGUCACCCGUUAUGCCUAAUAGGCUGUACCUCAUCGUUGAUAGCCUUCCUAAUUGUCGGUCCGAUGCCUUUCUUUCCCAUUGAAUCACAACUGUGGCUAACAAUACUCGGACAGGUAUUCCUAGGCCUGGGAAUGGGCGGUCAGUUUGUCGGCAGUUUUAUACAGGGAUUACGGGAAACAUUUAAAUCUGGUUUUCCCGAUAAUGUUUCCACAUAUGCAGUGGUUUCCGGUAUAUUUUCAUCAUCAUUUGCAAUGGGAUCGGCAAUCGGUCCGGGAAUUGGCGGUUAUAUGUUGGGACAAAUGGGCUAUCGAUGGGCAACCGUACCCAUAGCUGGCCUACAAUUGUUUAUGGCCAAACUAAAGGAUGCAAAUGAGACAUGGAUUGGCAUAAUAAUAGCCGAGUAUCAAAUUGCCUUAUUUUUUGGUGCAGCAAUUUUUGGCAAAUUUAUACCACCGCUAACACCAAAGUUUAUGAUAACUACCGGCCUAUUAAUGUCCGGUAUUUGUAGCGCUUUAUUUGGUGUACUCCAAUGGAUACCAUCGGGAACACCAUUCAUAGUCAUAGGUAUGGCCAGUCGUACUAUCGAUGGGUUAGGUGCGGCCGCUUUUUUUAUCAGCAGUUAUACUACUAUUUGUAUGAAAUUUCCUAAACAUAUAUCAAAAUUAUUUGCCACAACAGAGAUGUGUUACGGUGUGGGUAUGAUAUUUGGUCCGGCAAUCGGUGGUCUACUUAAUCAAUUGGGUGCAAACAGUGGUAUAGCAUUUUGUUUGCCAUUUUUCGUUAUGGGAUCACUUAUACUAAUGGGUGGACUAUUGAUGAUAAUAUUAUUUCCAAACACAACAGAUGAAAAAUCAUCGCUAGAGAGGACCAGUGUUUUCAGUGUUUUAAGCAAUUUUAAUAUAACACUAAAUGUCUUAAUAAGCGUCAACUGUUUUAUACUGAUUGGCUUUAAUGAGGCAACACUUGAACUACAUUUAGAAACGAUACAGGAGCUAUCAUCGGUAACUACUGGCGGCAUAUUUGUCAUAUCGGGUGCAUUGUAUGCACUCUUCAAUCAAGUUUGGGCUCAUUUUGCCGAUAAAAUGCCAAACUGUCACCCGUUAUGUCUAAUAGGCUUAACCUCAUCGUUGAUAUCCUUUAUGAUUAUCGGUCCGAUGCCUUUCAUUCCCAUUGAAUCACAACUGUGGCUUACAAUACUCGCACAGGUAUUCCUAGGCCUGGGAAUGGGCGGUCAGUUUGUCGGCAGUUUUAUACAGGGAUUACGAGAAACAUUUAAAUCUGGUUUUCCCGAUAAUGUUUCCACAUAUGCAGUAAUUUCCGGUAUAUUUUCAUCAUCAUUUGCAAUGGGAUCGGCAAUCGGUCCGGGAAUUGGCGGUUAUAUGAUGGGACAAAUGGGCUAUCGAUGGGCAACCGUACCCAUAGUUGGCCUACAAUUGUUUAUGAUUUUAGAUUUUAUCAAAACUAAUAUCGAUCUAAACAAUAGUCAAUUGGCUUAUAGUAUACUAAAUGUCGACGAUUUGGUCCUAAAAUAUCGACAAUGGUUUCGACUAAUGCCUAAAAUUAGUCCCUAUUAUGCCGUCAAAGCUAAUCCCAAUCAACAAUUGCUUAAAGUGCUUAUUGAACUGGGAGUUGGAUUUGAUUGUGCCAGUCAGUAUGAAAUGCAACGCUUAAUAGGAUUGGGUGCCAAACCCGAGUCAAUCAUAUUUGCCAAUACAUGCAAAACCCGUGAAUCGCUUAAGUAUUCACACGAUUGCGGUAUUAGACUAAUGACUGUCGACUGUUUGGACGAUUUGUAUGAUAUUCAGUGUAUGCAUCCCGGUGCCAAACUACUGGUGCGUAUUAAAGUUGAUGACACGGAUUCAAUAGUCAAACUGAAUGAUAAGUUUGGCCUCCAAUUGGACGGUGUGUACGACCUGUUGACGGCAGCUAAAGACAAGGAUCUCCAGGUAAUAGGUGUAGCCUUUCAUGUGGGUAGUGGUGCACAAAAUGCCCAAUUGUACGCCCAGGCUAUUGCCAGUGCUCGACAAGUGUUUGAUUUGGCCGCAGCUGUAGGCUAUCAUCAGAUGACAGUACUGAACAUUGGCGGCGGUUUUCCCGGUAGUACUACUAGUCAUUAUCAGUCGCCGGACAAUAGCGGCGGUACUUAUAUUGAACAAAUAGCUCGUGUAGUCAACCGGGCUAUCGAUGACUAUUUUGGCGAUUAUGGCGAUAGUCUAUCGAUUAUGGCUGAACCGGGCACUUAUUUUUGCGAGUCAGCCGUAACACUACUGACCAGAAUAUUAUCGAAAAAGUUGGUAAUCGAUGGACAAAAUAAUAUCGAAAAAAUUAUGUAUUACUUGAAUGACGGCGCUUACGGUUCGUUCAGAGAUUCAAUAUAUAUACAGAAAAACUAUAAACCCUUACCAUUGCUGGCAUCGGAUGAUAGUCUUAAGCGGAAAAGCUAUAACAGUAUACUAUGGGGACCGACAUGUUGUAGUCGGGACUGUAUUCAAGAUAACUGUUCAAUGAUCGAGAUGUUUGCCGGCGAAUGGCUAUUAUUUGAUAAUAUGGGCGCCUAUACUGAAAAUUAUGGAAACUAUGGGUUCAAUGGUAUACCUAAACCAUUAUGUUUAGUAUAUCGUAAUUAUAGUUAA